AUGCUAGUCGACUCGUUCAUUCUUCCCCCGUCGUUCGACUACCCUUUGUUCAUUGCUGCCAAACGUUACCGUUUGCCAGGUUUUGCACAAAUCGAGGCAAACCCUUUGGCACAGACCCUCGUCGUUCUUCACUCGACGAGCUUCCACAAAGAAACUUGGGAGCCGGCCUUGGAAGACCUGUUCAGGUAUGCCUCGCAGCCAGGAAGCACCGUCCUCAUCCGCGAGGUCUGGGCAAUCGACUGCCCAAACCAUGGAGAAUCCGGACAUCUGAACUAUCAAACACUCAAGGACCAUCCUGAUUAUACGAACUUCUCUUGCGAGAAGUAUGCCCAAGCAGUUCAUCGUUUUUUGUCCGCGGGUCCUACCCUCGAAGCUCGCGUAGACUUCACGCAAAGGAACCUGACUGGAAUAGGCCAUUCCCUCGGAGCAAAUGCCAUGUUGCUGCUCCAUCAUAUCAUGCCGGUGUUCCGAUUCUCCAAGCUCGUCAUCAUAGAACCACUCGUUAGUCCCCUUGGGUCGAUGCACCUUGCCUCACUUGCGCAGAAGCUUGUCAAUAGGGCAAGCCGACGACGUGAGUGCUGGACAAGCCGCGAAGAGAUCAAACGGUCUUUCCUUGUUCAAGGCAAUAGCUCUGCUCAAUGGGACAUGCGCGUUCUGGACUCCUUCGUCACACACGCUUUUCAUCGGAAUCCUUACGAUAACCUCCUUCACCAAAGUUGCACUAUUCCGCAAGAAAUUAGUAUGUACCUUGACGAAGCAGGAGGCGUGGCACCAUUGAUCGACCUCGACCGGAUCUGUCAUUCUAUUCCUGUUCACCUUAUCCUGGGAGCCAUUCCCGAUUUUAUACCUACAUACUUGCAUAAAGCAUUAAUCGACCCUGCGUCUGGCCGACGCUUCGCCUCCAUUAUAACCAUGGAAAACGUUGGACAUUUGAUACCUCAAAAGGCACCUACUACAUUGGCCUUGCAUAUCUUUAAUGCGAUAUCCACUUAUAUUCCUUCUAGAAUGUAA